AACUGUAUGCAUUUCUUUGUGCCAGUAAAAUCUCAAAUAAAAUAUAGUAUGUGGCUGGCUGCCUGGUUCUCUUGUUUGAUUUCUCAUAAAAGGUGGUGUAAUGGUAGAAAUUUACGAAAUACUUAGUACAUACGUACAAAUAUACGACGAACUCAUCAGCACUUAUUAUUUUAUUCCCCUUUUAAUAAACACAAACAGUUGUCAGUCGUCAUGCCUUUGCCAUCAUCGUCUUUUAGACAGGCAAACAGGCGGGCUAUUCUUUCAUAUGUACGCAGCUUUGCCUAGAGCUUGUUAUAAGUUUUACACAUAUUGUGACCGGUCGGUUCCAUAGCUCUUUGUCUCUUUGUCGAUAAACACACAUACUAUAACUAGCUCUCUCAAUAACAUUUACAUUUGUGGGGAUUUUUCUCUCUCGCAACCUCUUUUUCAUGGAUUCGUGUAGUGUGUGUAUUUGGACGCUGCUUUGUGAGACAAUUUUUGCAAUUUAUACUUUUAGUUGUAUUUCACAAUCCUUGGCUGGUUCACGUCAUAGUGUGGAUUCGGGAAAGUUUUAUUUUUAUUUUAUCUUUUUGCCGAGAAGAGGAGGGGUUAAAAACACAUUUUGUGUAUAUUCGGUGGCUGGCUGGCUAGCUGCUGCUGGUAUUGUGUGAAGUUACGUUUUAGAACAAGUUACACUGCUGAAAAGAAGGCAUACGAGUGGAAAAAAGUAAAUCAAAAUGGGAAAAAAGCCAUGUCGUUAUGUUUUGGAACGUCGGAAGCUUAAAGAUAGACCACGCAAAAUCCUCAACCUGGAAGAACGUGUCCAGGCCAUACGCAUGUACGAUGAGAUACCCGUCUAUCAGCGUGUGGCCUCUGCCUUCAAAUGCAGUUGGGAACAGAUAAAAAAUGUUGUUGCAAAUCGUAAAGAUAUUCUCAAAUACUAUGCCAGUUGCCAGAUCAUCGAUGUCAUGAAGGACGAUCCAAAGGUGGUGCGUCAUAAAAAAAUAAAUUUUUUAGGAAACUGCAUGUAUGAGUACAUAAAACGUGCCCACUUUCAUAAACUGCAAACCGUAACGGAUGAUGUGAUACGUGAUCGUGCCAUGGAAUUUAAAGAUAUCAUAAAAAUCGAGAAAUUUUUUCCCAAUCGAGCGUGGAUAAGGGAUUUUAAAUCGGUUUUCAAUAUUAAUUUGGAUCAUAUUAAUCAGAUUAUAAUAUCGCGAAAACCUCAAAGAUCUUUGAAUUGUAAAGAUAUCAUAACCUAUUGUGCCAAAGAGGUGGACAAUGCUUUGUCGUCACAGCCGUCAAGUUCUAGAAAUCAAAUGUUACCCGAUGGUGACGGUAAUACCAUAGAAAUUGGUGAUGAGGGUGACGAUAAUGAUGAUGAUCCCUUAGAUGGAUUUGAGGGUGAAGAAGAUGGCGAUGGAGGAGUUGACGAUGAUGAUACAAUUAAUGAAAAUGAAGAGGGACCAACCAUAAAUUAUGGUGACUAUGAAGAUUAUCAUGAUGAAUCCCAGGAAGACGUCAAGCCGGAUGUUAAAGAAUUAGAAGAUAAACUUAAGAAUGCCAAAGAUUCGGAAGGACUUUUAAAUGCUGAAAAUAUAAAAGAAGAGCCUAAUGACAAUCCUUCCAUAUUAGAAAGUUGUCUUCUAGGCAUAGACAAAAAUUCCAAGCGUACAUUUCAAAAACCACCUUCUAAACGUCCCUCUUCCAGUUCAUCCUCCACAUCAACUACAUCUAAACCCCUGCCGUUUUCGGUAAGUAAUUAUGAGGAGGCAUUAAGACUGAUGCGUCCACUGGAGGAGUUUGCCAUAUUCGAAGAAGAUUUUAAAGCCAUAAAUCUAUUAAAUCAAUUGUCCGAAGUUUAUGAAAAGGCUAAAAAACGCAAACGUUUAGAAUAAUAAAGACUUCCAACAGAAGACAAAAAAAAACUAAA